AUGACGCUUUACCAAAGAACUGCCAACCCACCCAAGGCAGUUCUGGGACCGGGCUCCGAGCGGGCUAGCGAGUCUGAGGACAAGAUCAGAAAUUUUGGAUAUUCCAGCUACGGCAAUCACAACUCCAUGAGCUUAUUACGGACCGUAGAGCUUUAUGGAGGCCGGGACAAAGGCUUACUGAGCCCCUCUCCUACAAACCAGUCACCUUUAUCAAGCGAGGCAGAUCGCAAGUACAGGGAAUUAGUCCGUCAGCUGCCCUCGCAGCCCUGCAUCGACAUCUUGGUUCAAACGUUUUUCUCCGACAUCAAUUGGCAGUAUGACCUACUAGACGAGGAAUCCUUUAAAGAAGAUUUAGAUGCAUGGGGAAAGAUCUCAUACUCUGACCUUCAAGCAGGCUUCGGAAGAUUGGCGCUGGGAACCAUUGUGUUUCCAGCGUUACUAUUUCAAGUCCUCGCACAAGCACUUCUUUUUCACUCUCCUGAUGAUGACAUGAUCAAUUCGCUCAUCACCAUGGCUGAAAUGACCUUCUAUGAUCUUGGGGCCGAAUAUAGUGAUACGGGUGUUGAGUUACUCGCGGUUCUGGGAAAAGAGGACAUCACGAUCGCCACGGUCCAAGCAGGUAUGCUACGUGCCUCGUUUCUGAAAAGUAGUGGCAAAGUUGUUGAAUCCUGGCAUGUACUUGGGACAACAAUCCGUGAUGCACAGGAAAUUGGCCUGCAUACUGGACAAAUUAUGUGUGGACAAUUUCCAGUUGGGCCCGGGCGCGAGAGACAAAACAUCAGUCUCGUUGGUCACAGAGUUUGGGUGGUCUUGCAUAUUUGGGACAUCCAUAUGGCUGUUGUUCUCGGUCGACCGAUUGCUACCGAUCUACAGAUAGAUCGCUUCGCUUGCACUAUAGAAGAAGACGAAACGCGGCGAGAACUAUUCUCGCAUUGGCAAACCGAGACUAAUCCCCCUCGACCAUUUGACGUCAUCCUCGCCGGCUUUAAUGUAGCCUGUCGAUAUUUCAAGGACAUUCACAAAUUGGAACAUCACAGUGCUGGCCCUCAAGAUUAUCCUACGGUCGAACAUAUUCACGGUGCAAUCAAGAGAAACUCAGAAAUGUUACCCUCUUGGUGCCGUCUUGAACACCCAGAUACAAAAUUUGAUCGAAUACAAGGGUGUCAAUGGUUACCUCUUGCCCGGGAAGGACUGUACUCACUCAUUCACCUUGUUCUUCUCGCACUUCAUCGACCAUACGUAUUCUCUGUUGCCAACAGUCGCACGGAAGCGCUCAAAGCUGGAAUAUUCAUUCUUCGUGCACAGGAACGACUAUUCCAGCAAUCCCAGCCGCACCAUUGCAAGGUGUUCAAUCCGGUCUACGCUUCUUUUGAUGCAAUUGUUCUCCUUGCAGCACUCUGUCUUGUUUUUCCGAACGAGAAUCAAGAACUACGAACAGACUGUAUUGACGUUGUUGAAAGAGGGAUGCAAAGACUGGGAAUCAUUGGUCAAUUGAAUUCCAUGGCAAAGUCAGCACAUGGUGUUGUCUGCAGCUUGUACCGUCGCCUAACGCAUCGGUUAAACCUCCCCGGGGACGUUGAGCGCGCUGGAGCAUUUUCCAACAACCCAGAAUGGAUCUCUCCCAACAGCGAUACAUUUGUCUAUAACGGGGCACUGUCAGAACUCUCUUUUGAUGCUGUUUUACCUCCGCGUCCAACCCAUGACCUGUUCUUCAAUCAUAUUUCAAGUACACAAAUUCCUGUAAUGGCGACACCGGAAAGUUUACCCUUUGACCCGCUUAGUGUGAGCAUUACAGAUAGUUGGAAUUUUGAAGGCGUCUUCUCAGAUGCCAGCUUUUGGAGUCGGAUGAACCAGCCUAAUCAUUGA